AUGGGUUGGGAAUCUGGAUCGGAUGCUCGGACUGGUCCUUGUCUCGACUUCUCCGAUCAAGUCAAGGUUAGAUGGCGAUCCCUGAAUCCCAGGCAAUUCCGCGGGUAUGAGAACGACAGCCGAAUCAAUUUGGGAGAAACAGCUCCUAAUGCCAUUCGCAUCUAUUCAUUUGAGCCAACUCGGGCUUCGCAAGGAAACCAACAUCAGAUCGCACUUUUGAACGAGUACAUCCAAGGAUCAACCGAUAACAAAGCACACACGGCGACAGGUUAUAGAGAUUUCAAAGUCUUUUUGGGAUCAGAGAUUACCAAUGCCCAUCCAGAAGAUACGAAGCGGAUGAAAAUCUCUGUCUAUCCAUAUACUAAUCAGAGCAAUAUUCAGGUGUUGAUACAAGACAGAAAGUCAGGAAUGCAUCCUCAAGUUUGGCAAGCGAAGGUUACGAAACUUGAUACUACUUCCCACAAUGCAAUAUCCCGUGCUCGAUAUAUGACCAACGAGGAAUAUCUGAUGGACAAAGAUUCUCUAUAUGGUGAUGUUGGUCUUAAUUUGAAUCGCAUCGAUCGUGCUUUCAGAGCUGGAAGUAGAAAUAUGAAAGCAGAAAGAAGGACUCAAUUCCUCUCUCCGAAAGGAGGAUCGUCAGUAGACACCGAUGAGAUCUUCAACAUGAGAGUUACAGAAGAAAAUUCCAGAAGUCAGACUUUCGACGCUUCAGGUGGUGGUGAUACACAGAAAAUCGUCGAUUAUCAAGACGAUGACAAAUUCUUAGAUCUGACACAGCCAACACUCGAAAGUACAGUCAAUCUUAGCUGGUCAAGGAUGAUCCCCGAAGAUGCUCGUCUCCUGAGACGGAUGGUCACGGUACCCGUGUAUGAAGCUCCAUGGGGGAUCGUGCCUACCUAUGGUGCUUUGGAAGACAACAACACACGAUCCUUUGUAGAAGUUGAUGAAGAUGAGUAG